ACCAGGCUUCUGUCAAAUACGUGUAACGUCUGUUCGGAAGUAAAAGAGGGGAUAGAAACUGCUAACAAGUGCGUUUCUCUCUGCAGACAUUUUCACUUGUCAUAGCACGCAAAUGUCAAAAUAUAAUUCCACUACAUUAUUAGAAUUAGUACUUGUGUCCUACCACUGUGAGCCUGUAUGCACUGGGAACAAGUAAAUAAAUUAGUUUGAGAAGUCGUGCUUGGAUCCUCAUAAGUGGCAACCUAAGAGAAAUGGUGCACAUCUACCGUAUUACGUCACAUCCCUAUGCCUCACACCAAUUCUUUCCCCCUCACCUGUUCUAGUGAACCCCUGGUAUGCCUGUUCCCAGCAUUAUUUAAACACAACCUGCUCUCCUUCGUCUAUCUGGUCCACUCGGUUCUUCCUCGGCCCGCUGUGCGUCGUCUCCUUGAAUGCCUCACCCAGGACCCUCGUCCGAGCCCCUGGGUCAUCGCUCUGGUUAGACAGCUGGAGAGAGCCACUGGGACCCACGACGACCCCCCUCUGUACACUCCACUGUGCAGCCAGAGACUCGAGGAGCUGUCCCAGCGUUUGGUUGGUUUUGGUGAGACCGGAGGAUGGGCCGCCUGCCUCAGCGGUCCAACGGUAGAAUCUGAUUCUCAAAAUGCGUCUGGUUCAUCAGUGCUGAGGACACAAUGGAAAAGAAAGGGCCGCUUUGUCACUCUGGACUCAGAUUGUGAGGAAACGGGACAGCGGAGUAAAAGGAUGAAGAUGGAUGUCUCUGGUGGUGAAUGUUGCGAUGUUGAUGAAUGGAGCACAAAAGAGGAGACAUCGGGAAGGUCGGAAAGUGCUGCUCGAGCAGAAACGCUUGGUGAAGAACUGCAGCCAGCACCAGACGGUCCAUGUGACGCUCUGCCUGAACAUAUAAAGGUCUCUGUUCUUCAAAUAAAAGAAUUACUGGAAAAUCAGACAGAGUGGGACCAGAUCUCAAUGGAGGUGUUCAAAGUAUUAAACGACUGUGACCCCGGCCAAGUGGAGGUGUUCUGCAGCAUGCUGAGUUUUCCUGACUUGCCGGAGCAAACUCUGCCUAACCUGUGCAGCAGUAUUUUGACUCCUGCUCUUGACUUCAGCUACAGCACGGCAGCAACACUCAUCAGGAGCCUCCUGCUGCAGAAGGUCCUCUCCCUGUCGGAACCGGCCUCCAGAUGUUUAGUCACUGCAGUGACGUCGCUGUGUAGCCGCUAUCCCAGACCAGCGUGCCACGCUCUGAUCGGACCAGUUCUAGAGGAAAAGAACAUGGGGAACUCGCAGGCUGAGCUGCUGAACAGACUGAUAGAAGGCUGUCUGGAUUCCCAUUACAGACUGCUGGUGCUUCAAAUGACAUUCAAAAUAUCUUGGGGUGAGGCUGUGCUCUCCGUUAUCCACAGCGUGCUGGACUCUAAGCCUGACUUCAGUGAAGAACUGUUCACACAGUUCAGCGAACAGCUCCUCAGCCAGGGUCCUCAGUUCACCAAGUCUGUGAAGUUUGCAAAAAUGAUGCUAACGGUCCUCACCAAAUAUAACCGUCAUGUGACGGCUGCUCACAAACACUCCCUGCAAGGUUGCCUGAUGGUAAAUGAGACCUUCCUGAAAAAGUCUCUGCAAGCUGCUUUGAAAAGAAUCACACCCGCGUGAAUUUUCUUCCGUCGUAAUGCACGUUAAUAAAACUGUUUGAAUACGUUCUUGUCCAUCUCUUGGCAAUAUUUACUUGAAAGUGACGCACCUCAUUCCACCAGGUUGACACAGAAAAAUAUCACAUUUUUUGAGCGCAACAGUGACUGGUUUGCCUCUAGAUUCAGAUUUGACUUACAAAAUGUGAUCUUGUAAAAUAAGAUGCAGUAUUAUAUAUUAUGCUGUGAUUAGAAUUAUCUUCACCUCGACCAUCUUCAACACUAAUCUCCUGGUUGUAUGUUAAGGCAUCUGUAUUAUGUAAUAAUACAACACUGUUGAAGGCUAUUCUGCUGCAUGAAUACUUUUAAUUUUAGUACUUGAAGUAAACUGGUUUGCUUCUGUAGGAUUUUUAAUACAGGACUCUACCUUGAAAUUAAGUGUUUUUAUUUUGAGGUAUUUCUAGUUUUACUUUCUAACUUGUUCAUGUGUUUAUUUGUCUUUUUUGUAUUAACAUUUUUUUUAAAUAAAUGAAUCCCAUGAAAAUCAAUGCCCACAACCAAACUUAAACAUACACACACAACGGGGGGGAAUUCAAGUAACUGAGAAAAGUUAAUCUUAACCACGUGCCAAAGACACAAAAGAAAUGGGAGUAAACUGCCAAAGCAGUCAAAUUGAGUCCAGGUAUUGCAAAAAGGGACCCCAAGAUUCUUCCCAUUCCUUUUCAUGCUUAUAUUUCAAGUAGAUUAGACUGCUGUAAUGCUCACUUCACAGAUAUUCAAAAACAAUCUAUUGAAAAGCUAUUAAUUCUGAAUUCAGCUGCCAGGUUUGAACAAGAAAGAGCGCAUUGCACCAGUUUGAACCUUCACUGGCUCCCAGUGUCCUAUUGGAUUGAUUUUAACAUUCUUAUGUUUGUUUACGAGGAUCCCUGUGGUUUGGGAAGCGCCUACAUUACUAAUUCUUUGUUUUAUAAUCAUUUGCAUCCUCUUAGAUCUUUUAAAAUACAAACUAUCACAAAUAAAAUCACUAGCUCUGCCUUUUUUAACUCUUUACCAUGGAAUU